AUGCCUCCACAGCCGCAGGAGCACUGGCGACUCAGGCAAGCGCCGGGGAUCCAGGGAGAUUUUGAGAUCAAUUUUUGGGCAUACAUUUUUCGACUUAUAGAUGAGUAUAUACAGUAUUUCUCAGGUAAUGGCUCUUCUCACACUCACCUGGGGCAAUUGAGCCCACCCGCCAGCCCCUGGCAGCAUCCACGGGGUGGCAUCUUUCUCCCAUCACUGGCGGGCUUGUCUUGUACUUCCAGGGGGGGGGGCCUUUGGCAGACACCCUCUUUCUUCUUCUCCAGCUGCCUGGCUCCCCUUAGAUACUGCUGUGAUUAUCGCCCGUACUUCACUAUCCAUGACAGCGAGUUCAAGGAGUACACGACUCGCACUCAGGCCCCGCCAAACGUCAUCCUCGGUGUCACAAAUCCCUUUUUUAUCAAGAUGCUUCAGCACUGGCCUCAUGUCCUUCGGCUCGGGGACCUCAAGAUGGCCGGCGACCUUCCCAAGCAGAUCAAGCUGAAGAAACCCGCCAAAUUGAGAACACUGGAUACCAAGCCAGGACUAUACACGGCCUACCGGGCCUUCUUACACAAGGACAAGGUCCUGAUCAAGAGGCUCCUGAAGGGCAUCCACAAGAAGCGCUCGUCAGAGGCCCAGAGCGCCCUCCUGAGGCGCCACCUCUUGGAGCUCACCCAGAGUUUCAUUUUCCCCUUGGAGCACUACAUGGCUGGCCUCAUGCCCCUGCAGAAAGUCAUCACACCCUGGAAGAACCCCCCUCAGAUCUACCCCUUCCGCCAAGAAGACUUCCUCAAGACCCUGGAACACGCUGGGCCCCAGCUCACCUGCCUGCUGAAAGGUGAUUGGAUGGGCCUGUACAGGUGAGGCUGUGGGCUUCUCCCACCCCAGACACACACCUUAUGGAAAGCAUUCAGCAACUUACAACCAGGAGGAACUGGAUAUGGUGGAGACGGGCGGGUCAGUGUUGUGUAGGGUUUGGGGUGCUGGGCACAAACGCCUUUCGGAAACCCCAGUUCCAAGCCCCGCUGCUCAGCCCUGGAACUCCAGCCUGAGCACAUCACACUCUCUGUCCACCUCAGCAGAAGGCAAUGGUAACCAACAUCCUCUGAAUAACCUUGCAAGAAAACUAGGGAGCUGGUCACCAGGAGUCAGAGGCAACUUGCUGGGGCAGAGUCUUUUCAGUGGUGGGCCUAUUUGUUUCCCCCCAAAAAUACGAUUGUUGAUAAUUGAGAUGUCUUAUAUGAUACGGAUCAGUGUAGAAGUGUCAUGUAAUUUCCCCCCUAAAAAUGCAAAGCAAAACUGCAUUACCUAUUAUUUUUGCAUAUGACUUUAUGAGUCAUUGCAAUUGCCUUAGAAUGCAUUUUAUGAACCUUCCAAGAAAUGUUAGGUACCAGUUGCAUUUUGAAGUGUCAGGGCCCCAGCGGGCACAGGCCUCUCUUACAGGCCAGCUGAGGAUCUCCAGGCCUCUGGCAGGUGGCCACAUUCCUGCAAAGUUGCCAGAAUCUAGAAUC